CUAUAACAUUAUGAUCCGACUUCUUGGUGGUGAUACAUAUCCACAAAUAAAAUUAUCGACAGAAUCUAGUAUCUCAGGUACAUGGACAUUAAUCCAAAUUAAAAUAUUGAAAAGACUGCUACUGACAACAACAUCACAAUGCUGAAACUUAUUUUUCUGAUCAUCUUUACAAUAUGUGUCACCACAGAUGCAUGUAAUCCAGAGACAAAUAAUAAAUUACAGAGAGCCCUGACAGAUUAUCUUAGUAACUUUAAUGCGGGAGACUGGAAUGCCACGGCAGAUCUCUAUGCAGAUAAUGCAACCAUGGCAACAGCUGGUGCUUUUUAUCGUGGAAAUGAAGCAAUAAGGCAAUUCUACAUUCAUAAGUUUGAUGGUAAGGAUUAUGUGAUGACACCUAACAACACGGAGUAUGACUGCUCUAGAAACAUUGUCGUCACAAGCCAAGACUGUGAAUUAAAAACACAAGAUGGGCAACUGGUUACAUCAGUGAGAUUUAUGAGGGUGCUCCGGAGAAUUAAUGGGAAGUGGAAAUCUAUUCGAGA